GAUGCAUAAAUAUGGCAUAAUGAGAGAAAAUAAUAUCUUUGUAUUUGUAAUACCGUGCAUAACAUGUCUAUCUCAACUUCGUUUUAAAUUAACAUUUAUGACUUGGUGAAACGAAAAUAUAGGAACGUAAUUUCUUUUACUUGAUAAAUUUAUGAGCGGUCCCCUUGGUGCGCCACGGAGAAUACGGCACUAACGGGCAAUACAUCCUUAAAUGAACCCACUCUUUCCGAGUUCUACAUUUCACAGUUUAAAUUAUCGACCGGACGCGGUUUUUAUUCAGUUCGUGUCGAUUGCAAGUUGUGCAAGAAAAUUUGCGUAAUCUUCGAGAGACCCAAUUCUUUUUUAUCUGAUUUCUCUAAUGCGAUGUUAAUUAAGCGCGUAUCGCGAUUGGAUCUCCAGCUCUGCAAUUAUCCGGCUAAUUCGGCUAAUCUUCUCCUCUUUCCUGCAAUCGGGAACCUCGUGAUUUUUUAACGCAACGAGUACGGCCGCGGUACGCGCGGUAUCGGGUCUCGCAGCGGUAUUUCUUUCUGGCCGAAUAAUUCCGCGUGCGUCUCCCAUCGGGCGGACGGUCUCGUAACCGAUAGCGCAUAACGCACGGGCUCAUCGAGGCGAGCCGAGAAAUUGUUUAUGAGCCGAGGUGGGGGCCUCGCUCUGCCGGUCUGAAAUGACUCCUCGGGCGUCAUAAUAAAUGCGUGUAUGAAACGCUGCUCGGCGGAACAUUGUCAGUCGACGAUAUCAGGUCGCUCACGACGCCGACCUACGUGUCUCCGCGAGCGCUCUUCCCCGAUUUUCCCCGACGACGAGAUUUUCCCAGUCGCGACACACACCGCGAAUUCGCGAACGCGCGGACCUUCUCGCGACGUUAAUUGUCGCUUGUCCCAGUUUCGCCUUAUUAAUCGCCCCUCCUUUUCCUCCUUCCCACCGAUGCGUCGCGUAAUUUGCAACCGGUGUGGCCGGUCGUUUUUCAAGUCCGACGAUCAAGUGUGAUGAGCGAACUAAAAUUUCGGCAACCGAGGGAGUUCGGAAUUUCGCGAUAACGUGAAGUUUUUACUUCCUCCUCUUUCCCAUUCCUGGCGCGGACUCUCGUAGAGAAUGAUGCCUUCGUAAAACGGGGCGAGUAUUCGCGGUGUUAUUUAUCGUCAGAGGUGCCCGAGUGUGAUUUACGAGCGUACUUGGGAAAUAAAAAUUUACGAGUCCGAUCGAGACGCGAAUGUUUCAUGGGACGAGCAACCGUAUUCAAUUAACUUACCCGCGGACGUUACCUGUGUGUAUUAUUCGUCAACACCAUAAGUCAAACGGACCGAGAGUGUUCUUCGCGAAAGUGCAUUUAUUCUUGGACCACGAAGAGAGGGCGCACUUGCCGAACGAGCGAGGAUGUAUGUUCCCGGGGGAUAAUCGGCGAUCGUGCUUCAGACUUCGAAGACCGCGCAAAAGAGACCAAGUGAACGCGCCUUUCGGCCCUAAAAGCCUCUCAAGCGCUUUUUUAAGAUCGCAGCCGAGCGGCCGGCGAGAAUUCGACGAAUUUUCUCCGCGCUGCGGCGCGAAACGAAGCGAGCGUCGUCAGACUAAACCCGGACGUUCCCGUGGAAGCUCCUCGGCGAAUCGAUCGCGAGUAGAUUGCCCGGAGUCCUUGGAUUCGGCGAUAUUCGCGAGAGAGUCUGUUGGCUCGGGGAUCGAGCGGAAGGACAAGUGGAAUAUCGUAUAUGAAACGAGCGUCGAGAAAUUACCGUCAAUGACGGAGUAACGUGACCUCGUCUCAUGAAAUCCAAGUUCCCCGUUGACUUAAAAGCUACGAAUUCAAUAUGGGUUGGCUCUCCCUCUGCGUCUGCGGCACGAAGAGCAAGCUCGACGACCAGGAGAAGACCAAGAGAGACGGAAAUCACAAGCGGGAGAGCAAUAAAAAGGGCAAGAAAUCGAAGAAGCUCGCGAAACGCAAAGAAUCGCAAAGAGAAUCACCGUUGUCGGCCUCCGUCGACGAAUCCUCACGUAAAUUACAGGACCUGCAGCAGCAUAAUCUUGAGAAGGAGAGUGCGGAGAAGAUUUUGGCGAAUGGAGACGCCGUGAAUUACCCGGACGACCUCGCGAAUAGUCAGGUCGACGUGAAUCUUCGAACGGACGCGACGAAGGUGUUCGACGAUCCGCUGAGUGACAUUUGGUCCCGUGGUAACUACGAUUACGAGGAUCUCGAGGAGGACUCGCUUCAUGAAGACUUGGCGAGGAGCAUGGAUGAGCCCGGGCUGACGGAGACACAUGGUAUCGAUUAUGAUGACGACGCGGGGCUGCAUUCGAGAUAUGCAUCGAUGUGCACCGCCGACGAGAACGAGAAGCGGGUCAAGUGCGCUGCGGGCGAGGAAGGACGCGCCAAGGAAGAUGAGGAGGAAGAGGAGGAUCUGAACGAGUCUGCUUCGAGAUCGGCGGUCUCCGACGAACAGGAGAACUUGUCCUGGACGUUGGAGAUCGAGGACAAGCCGGAGGUAAACGUCGCAACGAAGAACUUUGACAGGAGGCUCAUGGAGAGAACCUCGUCGAGGAUCAACUUUUCCAACGACAAGCAAGAUAGGUCGAAAAAGGCGAGAGCCAAGGAGUUCAGGAAGGUUUUGCCGCCGAUCAAAGGAAGGACCUGCGUUGAGUCGCGCAACUCAUGCGGAGAUAACGAGACGCGAGGACCCAAGGAGACGGUCAAAUUCGACCCUAAAGGAGCCGCAGUGCUGUUUCGUGAGCAAAGCGAAAUUCGGCGGAAAUUGAACUCGUGCAGUUUCGAGGUUCGAUCUCUGGCGGAUGAAGAGCGCGUCGGGAAAGGAAGGACUCGGCCCGAAGGAUCGUUGAUACCGAGACUCGCGUCCCCUUUGCGCCGAGGGGCGAAUUUCACCAAAAACGAUGGGAUCGAUCAGUCGGAAAUUGUGCAGAACGGUCGCGUUCACUCGGCAGUCGUCUCCGGUGUCAAUUUAGAGCAGCGCACCGUAACAGUAGAAUGGUUCGAGAGGGGAGAAACCAAAGGCAAAGAGGUGGAGAUCGACGCGAUUCUCGCCCUGAAUCGCGAUCUGAGCCAGAAGAUGAUGGCGCCGCCGUCACAGAUGAACAACCACAUGUUGGCGUCUUCGAAAGCGAGGGAGCGGGACUCCUCGGCUGAGGAGGACGAGGGGGUCGACGAGUCGGAGAAUCAAGAGGAGGGCUCCCUCGGACGUCAUGGCGGUCACACCGCAAGAAACGGCCUCGCAUCCGCAACGCUUCCUCACUCCACCAGGCCGUCGAUUCCAGUGAAAGCGAGCUCGAAUAGGCAAUUGGCACGGCCGGUCGGCCGCCCGACGAACAUUAUGCCACCAGCCACGUCCGUGAAUGGUCACGGCGAGUCGAUUUCCGGACUGACAGGACGUCGGGAACUCGAGAACAUACCGCCGACACCGACGACGGUGGUCACGCAAUACAACCUGGCGACCCCGCUGCAGAACAAGCAGAAGCAGGCCCAACAGCAGCAGCAACAGCAGCAGCAGCUGCUGCAGCAACAGCAGCAGCAGCAGCAGCAACAACAACAGCAGCUGCAGCAGCAGCAGCAACAGCAGCAGGCCCAAGUGGAGAAUGGUCGAAGUAGGCGAUCCAACGUCGUCAAGGAAGUCGAGAGACUGAAGAAGAACAGAGAGGAGAGGAGGCAACGACAGGCGGAAUUGAAGGAGGAGAAGGAGGCUCUGAUGAAUCUGGACCCGGGCAAUCCGAAUUGGGAGUUCCUCGCUAUGAUAAGAGAUUACCAGCACAGCAUAGAGUUCAGGCCGUUACGGGAAACCGACGCCGUGGAGGAUCACCAGAUCACCGUGUGCGUCCGCAAACGUCCGCUGAACAAGAAGGAACACGCGCGUAAGGAGAUCGACGUGAUCAGCGUGCCCAGCAAGGAUCAGAUGGUGGUGCACGAGCCGAAGGCGAAGGUCGACCUCACCAAGUAUCUCGAGAACCAGAUCUUCAGAUUCGACUACGCAUUCGACGAGACGUGCAACAACGAGAUAGUCUAUAAGUACACGGCGAAGCCGUUGGUGCAGACGAUCUUCGAGGGCGGCAUGGCCACGUGCUUCGCAUACGGCCAGACCGGCAGCGGCAAAACGCACACCAUGGGCGGUGACUUCAACGGCAAGACGCAGGACUGCAAGAAGGGCAUUUACGCCAUGGUUGCCAAAGACGUGUUCAAGUGCCUGAAACUGGCGAAGUAUCGGCCCCUGAAUCUGGUCAUUUCCGCUAGCUUUUUUGAAAUCUACUCCGGCAAGGUGUUCGACCUGCUCGCGGACAAGGAGAAGCUCAGAGUCCUGGAGGACGGCAAGCAACAGGUGCAAAUAGUCGGAUUAACGGAGAAGGUGGUGGAGACUUGCGACGAGGUGUUAAAAUUGAUACAGCAUGGUAACUGUGCCAGAACGAGCGGCCAGACGAGUGCCAAUUCCAACUCCUCUAGAUCGCACGCGGUGUUCCAAAUCAUAGCGCGCAUUCCGGGCACGCACAAGGUGCACGGGAAAUUCUCCCUCAUUGAUCUUGCUGGAAACGAAAGGGGUGCCGAUACAUCCUCCGCUAACAGACAGACUCGAAUGGAAGGUGCUGAGAUUAAUAAAUCCUUAUUAGCGUUAAAAGAAUGUAUACGCGCGUUGAGUCGCAAAGGUACGCAUCUGCCUUUUAGGGCGAGCAAAUUGACUCAAGUGUUGAGGGACAGUUUCAUUGGCGAAAAAUCAAAAACGUGCAUGAUAGCGAUGAUUAGUCCCGGGAUGAGUUCUUGCGAGCAUUCCCUGAACACGUUGAGAUACGCGGAUCGGGUGAAGGAAUUGGCGGCGACCGAUCCUACGGAGAUCAAGGCUUCACCGACGGACGACGAACGGGGCCUGAAGAUCGAGGAGCAGGCGAACAAUAGCGUGCUGUCGGACAGCGAUUUGGCGCAGCUUCGGUCGCUCAAUGAAGGCGAGCUCUCGCAGGAUCUCUAUACCUUCCACGAGGCGGUGUCCGCUCUGCAGAUACUCGAGGAAGAGGUGUUGGAUACGCACAAGCUCGUCAUGGACAGUUCGACUAAAUUCCUCAACGAUGCGCACAGUGUGUUCAGCACGACCCACGAGGUGGAUUACGAUCAAGAAGAUUUGAGGCGGAAAAGAACAAAGUUUGAGUCACCCUACCUGAGGAGUUUCUCGUUGCGUAGACGUCUUAUAGAGAGAAAGCUAUUUUCCGACGCGUAUGCCCAAAAGUGGGAGCAACUGUUAAUACAGCAGCGUGACACUCUGAACAACGCGCUCGACCAAGUGAGCCAGUUCCGCGGGCAGCUCUUGCAGGAGGAGCAAAUCAGCCAGAAGAUGACCCGAACGCGCAACAUUACGCGGUACAAUUAAGGGAUGAUGAUGAUGAUGAUGAUGCUUCUUAAGGCGAGCAUGCGAGGAAAAGGAAGAGAGAAAAAGAAUAGAAAAGACACGCGAAAAAAAAACACACAAAACAAAAGUAUAACGAUUAUCUCUCUCACCGGUGAGAAGGCCGCUUCUUCAUACUUCUUCUUCUUAUUGUGUAUCGACCGUUGAUCGCGGGGCCGCGAGAGAAGCAGACGCGCGCAUACACAACACACUAGUAGUGCGACACACGAUAGUCAUACAUUAUAUAUAAUAUAUGUAAGAACGCGAAGAAACGUAUAACGCGGAACCUCUUGCCUUCUUCGAAAUUGCUGCGAGACUAGAUCGACGUCGACGAGAGAUACGCUCUCUCUUGAGGGAGAGGAAGAAAGGAGGAGAGAGAAAGAGAGAGAAAGAAAAUGAAACGAGAGCGAGAAGAGCUCGACUCUCGAGAAACUUAUCCCUUUAGCGCGAUUCUGUAUUAUACAUAACGAUUCUACGUAGCGAAAUGAUGAGGAGAGAGAAGAUUUCCGCAAGAAGAAGAAGAGGAGAGAGAGAGAGAGAGAGAGAGAGAGAGAGAGAGAGAGAGAGGUUGUAAUAGAGAAACCGGCGUAUCUCUGUGUCGCAUAUUUUUAAUUGUUUUGCCGUUAUUUUCAUUACGCCCGUCAAUUUACGACACAAACAAACCGAAGCGGCCGGGCGUGACGGUGAUAACAAAUCCGCGAGAGUGAAAUCAAGCGUGUUGGAGUCUUUUCCGUAUAUAUAUAUAUAUAUUUUUUUUUAGUUUUCGAAACCGUAGGAAAUUUUAACAAGUGCAUAGGAGGAUCGUCCGUAAAGAUACAGUAUACAUACAUAUACACGUACACACACGCGAGCGUGCAUUUUAUUUAGCAACAAAGUCUCGGAACGUUUACACGAUUACACGUUUCUCAAGCGACUUCUCGUGUGUUUUACCACGAAAUUUCGAGCCGUCAAACGCAAUACGUCGAUACGUACUCCCGUGUGUACCAUUUGUCUGUCUUCGAAGAUGCAGAGCAUACCACAGACAAUGGAUGAUGCGUUAAGCUGCGAGAUCAGAUGAACACUCGUUUUUUAGGCUAUAUAGACCGCUAGAUGUAUUAUUAUACGAGGGACCCACGAUGUGUACGAUCGGAUGAAGGAAACAGAAAAAAAGCCUUAGUAAGCUGAUUCGCCAGGUGAAAAAGAAAUAUAUACAUCACGGCGAUACUUUAUACAUAUAUUCAUACACCUAGUUCAUCGCGAGCAAACGCAUAUCCCACACAUACACACACACACAUACAUAUAUGCGUACACACACGCGUAGUGAUCGACAUUCGUAAACCAAAUAACGACUGAUUUCGAGAAAAAAAAAGAGAUGUAACUUUUAGCUCGUAAGAACGAAACUGCACAGCGGCGUUUACCCAAUCCCGAUGUUUAAGUUUCUUAGUAUUAAUAACAUCGACGGCAUCAAACGGUCCACUUUUCUCUCUUACGUUAUUACAAAUAUUGAGAUUAAAAUCUUCAUUUGGUUUGUCAACGAAUACUCCUGUGUUUUCUUCCUCACUCUAUUCUGAAUCGCCGAUAGUAACGUACGCGUAAGUGUUUUUCCAACAUAAGCUUUACACUGCGGACACGUCCAACGGUAUACCGUCGAUUUUCAUGAUUAUAGCAGCUAGCCGGGGUAAAAGGUUCACGAUCUUUUCACGCUCUAUGGACGUUGCUUUUCUUUUGAUAAGCGAAGUCGAGGACCCUACUAUAUAAGAUAAGAACUAAUGAAUCUCCAUCCUGUCUCGUGUGUCCGAUCUUCGUGUUCUCUAAAGUAUGCAUCGCGGCAUGAUCGACGGUGGACACGUUAUCCGAAGUUUCGUAUAAAGAGAACGAGUACUAUCUCGGUGGGAAAAGCAUAGAGCUCCUUCAACAGGUCGCAGGAAGUCGAAUUAGCAGUUAUAAUCGGCGCGUACAAAUUUAAAGAUGCGAUAGAUCGUCGAGAUACUUCCUUAAUAGUAACUGUAUUUCUCGGUAUUCGUUAUAAUUUGAUAUAAAACAUUUAUCGCACCUUGUAAUUCAAGGAGAUCGAAGGCUAAUUCGCCUUUCCACGAUCCGACGAAGGCCGGUGCGUCGUGUCUCGUGAGAAAGACGCGUGUCACCGUGCUGAUCGCACGCGGAAAUCUAUCACACCCCGGGAUCGCGCCGGACCAUAGAGAGUUAAGAGGAUCAACGAUAAAACCACACGACUCGUUUCUCUUGAAUACUUGGUGCACCGAAUCCAUUCCUGUGUACUGCGAGAUCCGCGGGCUCACGGAUUUAACAAUCAUUACCGCGCGUACGCUCGAUUUUGUAAACGUAAUAGUAUUGUUCUAAUUACACUUAAAUCGAGAGUUACUCGAUCUUGAGACUUAGAGAUAAAAUAGCGGAGUAACAAUAACGACGGAGAGAAAGAGAGAGAGAGAGGGAGAGAGAGUUAGGAGUAAUGGAAUAUUGACAUUUCUGUUGACGAGAGAGAGGUGUACGAUUUUUAUAUAAAUAUAUAAAAUACUCAUAUAUAUAGAAAGAAAGAGUGAGAGAAAGAGAGAGAGAGAGAGAGAGAGGAGUUGUAAAGACACAUUGUUUAAAGAGAAAAUUACUGUUAAAUCAAAAAGUAAACUUAUAGUUACACCCGUCCCGCCGGGCGCAUUUUAAUUUAAUUUAAUAUAUAUUUAUCGAGUAUUUAUUAUAACCGGAGGCUGCGCGAUUGUGCUACAUUUAUACCGCUUCGCACGUCGGAGACAGUCGGCGCUCUUUUCGUUAUAUAUCCGACGACGCAACAUUUCCCGAUAUAUCCGUUAAAAAGUGUGUGUGUCUUGCCGUCAUAUUACCGAACAUUUCGAACGUUCUCGUUCCGAUAGCGUUCUCGGCGAUCGCUGCUCUAGCUCAGGCGUCUCAGUAGUUCCGACUUCAACGAGCCGAUUAUAAUUGGCGGAGCUUCGUUUUUUUUUUUUUUAAGAAUCACACAAAGGAAGAGAAAAAGGAAACUCGCAUUUCACCGUCUCGAAAAUAGUAUUUUUUAAUAAGUAUAGUGGCGUAAUAGAGAUGAAGCUUAACGAUCGAAAGAUGUUAAUAUACUUCUUAUUUUUUUAUAAUCGAAUAAUUUAUGCGGAAAGACAAGGCGAAUCAAACGACGCGUACCCUCACAUCCUCCCCCGAGCCCCUCUAUCGUACUUAGUAGUCGACCUCUGGAACUACUCUAAUUCGAUGUGCACAGAAAGAUUUUGGAUACGAGAGGUUUCACGUUGUUGCUUUAUGAAUGAAAUAAAUCAAAUUGAGAAAAAAGAA